AUGAGAAUCUUUACAGUUCGUUCAGACGAAAGUCUUGAGAAAACUCUAAAUGACUUUCAAACUCAAAUGAACAAAUACUAUUGGGAAUUUCAAGAAAAAUACGACUCUUUACUAAAUGGAACAUACUAUCUGAAACUAGAAUAUGACAAGAUGAACUCCACCGUUUCAUUUCAAAAGAUUGAAAUUAACCCUCCAAGAGAUACAGAGUUUUUAUUUUGGAAAGUAGACAAACGUUCUUGGGCACAAUUUCUUCGGUUACUAAACCAGAACGAACCAUUACCACCAGAUGGUCCAUUUAAAUUUAUACUUCCACCAGCAGAUUUGACAGUUUAUAGAAACGUGUUUGACCCUCAAAAUGUUAUGUGUCAUGCAAGUUUCAGUUCAAGCAACAAUAGUUUUCUAUGUAUUGGUAAGGACUUUUAUGACUUUGCUUCUAAAUUCUACGAACCACCUAGUAACAGUUUCUCUGACUUUCAAGUUUGGUUCACAACAAAUGGUGUGCAACAUAUUAUUCCAUUGUACUAUGACUUUUAUCUCGAAUUGUCUUUCAUAUACAACUACGGAAAAGUGCUGAAAAAGUGA